AUGGCAAACAUCCGCAUCGAAUCAGCAUUUCAGCUUUCCCAGACGCUUCCAGAUGAUUUGUGGAAACCGAAUCUCAGAUCGCGGUUGUUGAAUUCUACAUCGCUGGAACCGGAAGGAUUCGGAGUGUUUCUAACUAUGUCAGAAGAAAGAGAUCUGGGGUCAUUCCCAUGGGUCCGGAUAAUUUUAUGCUGUGCAAACCUCUUGAACAGGCUGCUGGGAUUCGGAGACCAUAUUAGGGGUUGGGGUUUUCAGCAGAGCAUGGUUCUGAAUCGGGUAUGCACUCGAUGCCACGUAAACGUUAGCGAUGACAAACAACACCAUAAUAAAUACGACGAGGCUGUUCGAUCGUGUUCGAAAAGCAACGAACGGUCCCAUCUAGGGUCGGGUGUCAAUGAAGUGUUUGAACAGGAUACGCUUAGACAGUGA